GGGGGGAGGGGGGUGGGGGGGGCGCUGGUGGAUGUUCGCCGAGCCGCCGCCGCCACUGUCGCUCCGUCUCUCGCUCAGUGCGUCCUCAUCUUCUUCCUCCUCCUCCUCCUCCUCCCGGUCGCGGUCGUCUCGCUCCCGCUGCUCGUCCAUCAUGGCUCUCAACAUCCCCGGCGUGAGCGUCAUGAUGUUCUUCUACCUUCUGGUGCUGGCCAUCGGCGUGUGGGCCUCCUUCAAGUCCAAGCGCGAGGCCAAGAAGGGCCGCGGAGACCAGACGGAGAUGGCGCUGCUCGGCAACCGCGGCAUCAACCUGGCCGUCGGCAUCUUCACCAUGACGGCCACGUGGGUCGGUGGGGGCUUCAUCGUGGGCACGGCGGAGGCCGUGUACAACCCGUCCAUGGGGCUGAUCUGGGCCGUCAUGCCCGUCACGGCCACCGUCUGCUUCAUCUUCGGCGGGCUGUUCUUCGCCGAGCCGAUGCGCAACAGCAAGUACGUGACCAUGAUGGACCCCUUCCACAUCAAGUACGGCAAAGUGGCCACGGCCGCCCUCUCCCUGGCCGCGCUCAUCUCCGAGAUUAUGUGGGUGACGGGCACGCUCAUAGGAUUAGGCGUGACCAUGAGCGUCAUCCUGGAUCUGUCGUACACGGUGAGCAUCUGGAUCUCGGCCGCCGUGGCCAUCACGUACACGCUGCUGGGCGGACUCUACUCGGUGGCCUACACCGACAUCAUCCAGCUCGUGCUCAUCUUCAUCAGCCUGUGGAUGUGCGUUCCCUUCGCGCUGAUGAGCCCGGCCGUGACGGACAUCACCCAGACGGCGUACAACUACACUUUCCAGCCGCCCUGGGUCGGCACGCUGGAGGAGGAUCGAGUGUGGCGCUGGAUCGAUAACUUCUUAAUCCUGGGUUUGGGCAACCUGGGCCUUCAGAACUUCCACCAGAGGACUUUGUCCGCCGCCUCGUCCACCACGGCCAAGAUCACCUGUUUCGCCGCCGCCUUCAUCGUGCCCACGCUGGGAAUUCCUCCCAUCCUGCUGGGCGCGGCGGCCGCCUCCACGGACUGGAACAUGACGUCUUACGGUUCUCCGUCUCCAUUCGAGCGAGGUCAGACGGGCCUGGUGCUGCCCAUCGUGCUGCAGCACCUCACCCCCCAGUACAUCUCCAUCGUGGGCAUCGGAGCCGUGGCGGCCGCCGUCAUGUCGUCCACCGACUCGGCCUUGCUUUCCGCCGCCUCCAUCUUCACGUCUAACAUCUACAAGAACAUCCUCAGGACUCGGGCUUCGGAGCAGGAGCUGCAGUGGGUGAUCCGCGCCUCGGUGGUGGUGGUGGGCCUGGCGGGGACGUCGCUGACCUUCCUGGACAACAGCGUGCUGAUGAUCUGGAUGCUGCGCUCGGACCUGACCUACACGCUGAUGUUGCCGCAGCUGGUGUGCGUCCUCUUCUUCGCCGUGUCCAACGGCUACGGGGCCGUCCUGGGCUGCCUGAGCGGAAUGCUCUUCCGGGUCCUGUGCGGCGAGCCCGUGCUGGGCAUCCCGGCCGCCGUGCGCUUCCCGGGCGGCGCGCUGGUGGACGGCGUCUACGUGCAAAGCUGGCCCAUCCGCACCAUCUGCAUGCUGACGGCGGUGGCGUCCAUUUUGUCCUUCUCCUUCCUGGCCUCGCUGCUUUUCCACAAAGGCGUCCUCCCCGAGAAGUGGGACUUUUUCCAAGUGCUGACGCGGGACUCGGCCGAGACGCCGGACGGCUCCAAGUACGACAUCAAAGAGGACGACGCCAAGGAGCAGAACGAGAGCAACGAAGUGUGCGAACCCAUGCUGGAAUCAACUUUUUAGAGGGCGUGACUUCGACAGUGACGCGCCCUGCCCGUACGCAGUCGUUUAGGAACAAAUCGUAUGCAAGUUUAGUAGCGCUGUACAGUAAUCCCCUGCCGUUUGCAAAAACGACGAGAGGGCGGAGAGACGCUCUCCUUCAUUCUCGGCGACUUCACCUUCCCUGUUGCAACCCUUGACAAUUUAUUUUUAUGGUUUCUUCUAUAAAAACCCUUCACAGGGCGGCGGCUUUUCUGUCGUGACGCAUCCGUAGAUCAAAUCGCUCACUGUGCGGGUGUGAAU